UUUGACAGCAGCGGUCACAAGACAACUUGGUGUAGACUCAGUUCUCUCUGUUCAUCUUUAUGUGUAUUUGGGGGAUCCAACUCGGGGGCCCAGGCGGCAUGGCAAGUGGCUUUACCUGCUGUGCCGUCUCAUGCUCACACAUUUUUACCCAUGUCCACACUGACAUGAAGGGGUCACUCCUUUCCCUGCCAUUUCUCCACUCCGGCUGACACGCAGCCUCCACGUCUGACUCACCCAACUUCGUGGUCCUGGGUUCCAUCUGAGUCAAGACCCGUGGUUAAAAUUUUCCUCUAGUUUUUCUCUCAUGGUAUGUUCUUUCUUCCCAGUGUAUUCCCCACAGCUUGCUGAAUUAGUGGUUUUAAGGCUCAGAGACAGAACACUCCAGAGCCUGUUCCUACCCAACUCCUCCCAGGAAGAACAAAUCCUUCAAGGCACCUGUUUGGAACCCUUGUGGGCCUUAGUAGGGCGCCCUCCUUUGCUGUCCCUGAGUGAAGUGGCAUGGAGCACAACCAUGAAGACAGGCCACACUGCAAACCUUGAGCCACUCUUCCAGGGGAUGAGAACCUUGCCUGGCAGGCAUUCAAAAUCGGCACCCACUGGGAUCAAAUAAGCCUGGUGUGACGAGACAGUGUGAUUUUUGGUCCUGCUCUAGAGAAGCAAGUUACUGAAUGUGGAAAAACACUAGCCAUGGAAACCCUAAAAUCUGAGAACAAAAAGAGGGUCCUCCCCUCGUGGAUGACAGACCCUGUGAAUGAGAGAAAGGUUAUAUCAGUGAAGACAACCAAGAGGAAGCAGACAGCGGCCGUGCGAGUUGGGGCAGCAACAAGAGCCUCUGCCACGGAGACUGUGUACUGCAUGAAUGAAGCUGAAAUGGUAGACGUGGCACUGGGAAUCCUGAUUGAGGGCCGAAAACAGGAGAAGCCCUGGGAACAGCUGUCUCUGGAGGUCCCUGAUAAGCUGCAGCUCUCCCCUCCCUGUUCCCCUCACACCAGCUCCCCGGAGAACAGCAGUGAGGAAGAAGACAGCAGGAACAACUCGCCUGCUCUAGGCCUCAGCCCUCCCCAGGGCCCGGAAGCUGCUGACUCUCUCUGUAGCAGAAGCCCCGAGGAGGAAAAGGAGGAGGAAGAUGAGUUAAAGUACGUCAGGGAGAUAUUCUUCAGUUAGUGUGAACUGUUCACUGCUUCUGCCGAGAGCUGUAGGAUCCGCUGAGAGCUGCGGGCUCUGCCUGCCCCUGCCACCCACAAAAACCAGGCCUUGUUCCCAACUCCCAGUCCCAGGAGGCUGUCAGUUUGGGUGGGACUUUUUCUGUAGCAGGAUGCAGAAAUGCAUCCUGUUACAGUCUUAUCCUGCACCGCCCUCUGGCUCUGAGGGUUUGCAAUCCUAGCCCUGUGUCUUAUUCACAGUAAAAAUUAGGUCUUAGGCUUACUUGCCAGAAGUAAAGAAAAAUAGAGCUGCUGAGAACCCUGGAAUUCUAGACGGGUGGCUAGAUCUUGACUUAAAGAGACUUGUGAACAGCCUCCCUCGUGACACAGUCCAGUAGUUAGCUUCCACCCUUCAAACCAGACAGGCUGGCAGCUGCCCACAGUUUCCUGCCAGUCCAGUAGCAGGAGGCUAUCAGGCUGGUGAGCCACACUGGCCCUGUCUACCACCGACUACCUGUCUUCCACCUGGGGCCUCCACCUUGGUCCCUGUACAUCUGUAAGGGAGAGUGGGACACGAGACGCUGAGGACAAAAGAUGACACCAGAGUCCACCUUUCUUUGUGUUCACUUUGGCUUUUGAUGAGCACAGAAUGAAGAACUCAUUGCCAUGUAGGUUUUCUGAUACACAGACACUGAAAAAAUAUAUACUGAUGCCCCAGUGCAUAAUAAAGACCAAGCUUCUGCCUCUCCAGUUCUGGGUAAGGUGAUGGAA